CGCGCGCCCCUCGCCGCCUGCUUCGCCGCUCUCCUCGCCCUCUGCCUCGCCCUCCUUUGCCUGCGUGCCGCCGCGCCCGUGUCCGAGGCGGUGCCGCCGCUCGUCGGACCGACGCAGCGGCUCCUCGCGCCGCCACCGCGCGGGGAGGGAUGCGCUGCCGGCGCGUCGGCCUGCCGCUGGAGCUGGCUGCGCCUCUCGUGCGGCCCGAGGGCGAACUGCCGCUGGCGCUUCGCUUGGCCAGUUGGCUCGACCUGGUGCCGCCCCAGGUUCGCCCGCGCUCUCGAGGCGGAGGAGGUGUAGCCGCGAUGCAUGGCGAGGGCGGGCCAAGAGAGGGACCUUGCGGGAACUACAUGCCGCUCUGGCCAUGUGCGUGUGUGCUUGGGCGCCACGGCAGGAGGUCAGAGCUUCCCGAACGGUGGGCCUGAGAGAGAGACGCGCGAGCGUCCGGGGUAAGACCGCCACGCCGCACUGUAAUAGAGUUGUUCGUCCAUGGCCGUGUACGUCUGGCGUCGUGGGUCGCGUCAGAGGCCGAGUGACCACCGUCUCGGAUGGUAUGUCGGACGGAGACCGAGUAGAGUGUGUUGUUCUUGUUGCGCGGUCUGUCGGUUGACAGUGACACAUACACACAUGGCUC